UUCCGAUCGGCAACGCGAAAAGACGUGCGCGCGGAGCGAAAAAAGCGGCUGGGCACCGCGCCGGAAUCAAAAACACAGAAAACAAGCAAUCAAAUCGCAACUGCCACCGGCGUCAAUUGUUUAAUUGAAUAAUAAGGUGAAUAGAGUGCUGGCGAUCGCGCUGAAUCGGAUAAUAAAGCGUUCCUACUCGUCCAAUGAGCCAAUCAAUCAAAUUGAUUUCGUUUUAAAGUGUUCUGCUUAAAUACGCAUUUUUGUUGUUUUUGUUGGAAGUGCAUGCCAAGAUCGCGCAGUGUGCGUGUGCGUGUGCGUGUGCGUGCGCCUGUGCUUGUGUGGGUGAGGAAGUUGUAGUUUAAUGUUGGUUAGCUUCAAUUGUCGAGCAGCAGAAAGGAGAGGAAUAAAUAAUACAGCAGCGGCAUCGGCAUCGGCAGCGGCAGCGGCAGCGACGCUGAUUGAUGUCACACACACACACAGCGAGGGAAAUAAAUAAAUAAAGUAAGUAGCGGGCAAUUGGAUUUGCAUGGCGAAGAGGAAGAGCGGCUGCGAGUUUAUCAAUGAAAGUGAACUGUGGGAGUUGCUCGCCUUCCAGGAGUGCGUGUGUGUGUGCGAGAGGCAGUGGCGCAGCGCGGGGGCUAACGGACCGCUUCCAAGGAAUAGCUGCAAGGGUGCCGGAAUUGUCACUUCUACGCAGGCCAAGGAAUGCGUUUCCAUCGUGGAAGUGGUAAUUAAUUAAUAUAAAAUACGCGAAGGGGGCUCCAGGGGCCAACGGACCCCUUCCAAGGAACAGCUGGAAAGGCAUCGGAAUUACCACUUCUUUUUAAGCAGUUAUCACCUUGACGGGGUUUAUCAAUUUUGCCAGCACACAGAGAUGUUAUCUUGGAGAACCGUUUAGAGGAGAGCUUGUGAAAAUUUUCCAAUACAACAGAUCUCCCAAACGCUCCUGCUCAGCGGAAACGGAAGUGACGCCCCGGGGGAGGAAGAGGAAGCGCCCGAGGCGGCAGGACAAACGGCUGAAUAAUGCAAAUUAAAACACAAUAAAAUGUAAAACACCAAAUGACAGCCGAGCGAAAGGAGCAAGAAAAUAGCGAACUCGAAAGCAAAUCGUCUGACAUGCCAAAAAAAAAUGCGAGUGGCGGCAACUUUUCCACUGAAUUGAUUUGAAUUCAGUCAGUACGCGGGCAUACGGAGCGUAUGCGCGAUAUACGUAUACGCGAUAUUCUAGGGUGUAGGGCACACCGGGAGGGGCUGCGGAAAAUUUGCAUAACUUUGCUGGCGUGGCAUAAACAUCAGAGAACAAAUUGCAAGUAACAAAAGGGAAGCAGCGGUCAUAAAAACGGCGCCAGCCUCGUAAAAAUACGUAAAAACUGCACCCACCCCGCGCAGCCAAAAAGCCCGAGCUGAAAUUAAUUUAUGCAGCAAAUCAAAUGCGAAUAGGGAGAAAAAUAUAAAAAAAAAACGGGGGCCGUAACAAUUAAGAGGGGAAGAGCUAGGAAAAGCUGGGAGAAGCUGGGAAAAGCCUGGAAAAGCUGGGAAAAGUGCAGCCAAAAUUGAGAAAAAAUCAGAAAAAUAGAGGGUUUGCCAGGGUUGCUUAUAAAUGUACCAGGACAGCGGCUGCAGCAGCAGUAGCAGUCGACGCGGCAGCAGCAGUGCAGCAGCAACAACUACAGCAGCAACUGCAGCAGCAGCAGCAACAGCAGCAGCAGCAGCAGCAACAACCAGCAGCAGCGACGAGGAAACCCUCGAAACCCUGACCAUUAUAACGACCACCAUCACCGAGAGCGAUAUCCAUGCGACGACCACUACCACGACAGUUAUAGCCAGCGGCACGGCGACCACGGCGGCAACAGCAACACUAGCCACACUAGCAACACUUGCCACCAGCAACGCCGGCAACGCCAGCGACAUCGAGGACAGCAGUCCCGUGGAGAGCGAGGAGUCCGCCGAGUGUGAGUACAUCGAGAUCGAUUGCCAGACGACCGUCCAGGAGGGAACCUCGCCGAGCAGCAGCACCACCACCAGCAGCAGCGGCAAUGCGGCCUUGCUGCAGCAGCAACCGCAACAGCAGCAGCAUCAACAACAGCAGCAGCAGCAGCAGCAGCAACAGUUGCAACUGCAGCUGCAGCAGGCGGACGUGCGAUUGUUGCGCAAAAUCGGCUAUAUUGCAUCGCGUGUGCGCUGUUUGGCCAAGUUCUACGGCGAUUUCCGGCUGGUGAAUCCCUACAGUGCCCGCCGGCAGAGGCGCCAGCUGCAGGAGAUCCUGCUGCGGCACUCGAUCUUUGAUCCUGGCAAGGAGCACCAGCGAGCCAUUGUCCUGGCAGCGGCCACGGCGGCCAUUGUGGAUUGCGCCUGUGGCAGCAGCAGCAUUAGUUUAGAGGCGGUCAGCAGCCGGAGUCGCAGCAGUGAGCUGGAGGAGGAUCACCAGGAGCAGCGGGAGCACACAGAGCAGGAGGAUCAGGAGGAAGAGGAGAGGGAGGAGCUAGAGGAGGAGCAGGAUCAGCAGGAGGAUCACCCCGAAAGGCAAGAGAAGCCAGAGGAGGAGCCCCCGCCGGCGAUUGCCGUGACCACCACCACCACCACCACGGCCACCGUGCGCCGGAAGUCGUCGAGCAGCUCGACCAUCAGCGGCACGGCCACCGUUUCCGGUUCCGUUUCGGUCUCCGCCUCCGCCUCGCAGUCCUUUUGCUCCAACAACAUCAAUCUGCUCGAGGAGCUGCUCAUCCAGUUCUACGAGGAGCAGGAUCACCGCAGCAAUCUCACGGUGGUCAGGCAGCAGCAGCAACAGCAGCAGCAGCAGCAGCAGCAGCAGAGGAUCACCCACAACAACAACAACAACUGCAACAGCAUACAGAACAACAACAAUAUGUCGAAUUCGGCCGGAGCCACUGCAGCGGCGGCAAGCGGAGCAGCUGUAGAGCAGCCAGCCACUUCGAGCGGUACCACCACCCACUUGCAACCCACCGCCCUGCCCGACGGCAGCGAUAACCGCGACAAUCCCCGUCGCCGGCGGGCCAGCGACUGCUCGGCGGUCCAGGCUGCCCUCCAGAAUCAGCUGCACUGCAUCACGCUGAAGAACAACAACUGCGGCAAGGCACUGCCAUUCCAUCGUGGCAGUUGCGGCGCCGCCGGCGAGCACCUUCUGGCUGCCAAUUCGAUUGCCAACCGGGCCACCAUUAUCCUGAGCAAAUCCUGCAGCAAUGUGGACGGCGAUGUGGCCACCACGGCGGCGUCGGCGGGGCUAACGGCCGCCGGCAUAGGGGGUAGUAUUAAAAUGCGGGCCAGUGCCACGGACAUCGAGUCGGCGAACAUGACGCUGAACGGAGCGGCCCGGGACGCCAUUGUGGCCGCCUCGAAUAAUGGGAACAACGGGAAUAAUGGCAACAACGGCAACAACGAGUACAGCAUCCUGCAGCUGAACAACACGAUCAUCCAGUGCCACUUCAACGACGACGACUUCCGCGCCCUCGUCAAGGACCUCAAGCGCAAGGUCGAGUACACGGAGCGCAUGAACUGGCUAUGUCUCUCCAAGCGACCGCUGGGCCCGCCGCAUCGUAAAAGCAGUCUACCAAAGCAUCAGGAGGUGAAGCGCCGCUUCCUGGAAAUUUGUGAUACAACCUUCUCGGAGGAGGUGAGGGCCGCCCUGCGCCUGCCGGCCUUCGACUCCUACGAGUGGAGCGACGCCGACGUCAUCCACCUCAUGCAGACCAUGUUCGUCGAGCUGGGCUUCAUCGAGAAGUUCAGCAUCCCGGUGGACACGCUGCGCGAGUGGCUCUACGAGGUCUACAAGCACUACAACGAGGUGCCCUUCCACAACUUUCGGCACUGCUUCUGCGUUGCCCAAAUGAUGUAUGCCAUAACGCGCCAGGCGAAUCUGCUGAGCCGCCUGGGCGACCUGGAGUGUCUGAUCCUGCUGGUGUCCUGCAUCUGCCACGACCUCGACCACCCUGGCUACAACAAUAUCUACCAGAUCAAUGCCCGCACCGAGCUGGCCCUCAGAUACAAUGACAUCUCACCGCUGGAGAACCACCAUUGUUCGAUAGCGUUCCGCCUGCUGGAGCAUCCCGAGUGCAAUAUAUUCAAGAACUUCAGCCGCGACACCUUCAACAACAUACGCGAGGGCAUCAUCCGGUGCAUCUUGGCCACGGACAUGGCCCGUCACAAUGAGAUCCUCACCCAGUUUAUGGAGAUAACGCCCGUUUUCGACUACAGCAACCGUGCGCACAUCAAUCUGCUCUGCAUGAUCCUGAUCAAGGUGGCGGACAUCUCGAACGAGGCGCGACCCAUGGACGUGGCCGAGCCCUGGCUGGACCGCCUGCUGCAGGAGUUCUUCGCCCAGAGUGCCGCCGAGAAGUCCGAGGGCUUGCCGGUGACGCCCUUCAUGGACCCGGACAAGGUCAGCAAGCCGGGCUCGCAGGUCCGCUUCAUCGGCCUCGUCCUCCUGCCCCUCUUCGAGGCGCUCGGCGAACUGGUGCCGGAGCUCACCGACCUCAUCAUCAUACCCGUGCGCAUCGCCCUGGAGUACUACAGGCGCCUAAACGAUGCCCAGACAAAAACGCGCAAAUCGGUGGCGGACAGCAACACGUCGGCGACCUCGGACAGCAACAGCGGCACCAUCGACUCCAAUGCGGCGAUGGUGAGCACCCCGGGCGCGGCCAGCGAUAAGCUGAGCCUGGACAAGGCCCAGGGCAACUCGCAGGGCUCCGGCGGCGGAGGAGGAGGCGGUGGCGGCGGAGCAGGCGGCACCGGAUCCGGCGGCGGUGGUGGUGGCAAUAAUGCCGCCGGAAGCGUCUCGCCACAAAUGCCCCGUUCCGGUUCCGGGAUCAGUGUGAAGUCGCGUCGCAGCAUUCCCUCGCAGAAGUCCGCCUCGAGGACGUCCGUGGAUGAGCCCGGCGGCAUGGCGGCGGAGCUGCACGAUCUGCCGGAGGGCAGCGAGAGCGGCGACUCGGAAACGGCCACCGAAGUGGAUGUGGCCGAGAAGACGUCCAAGUUCAAGGUGGACACGGAGGGCAGCAGCAACCGGAGCAAGUCCUCGCACUCGACCUCCCGCAAGUCGUCGCGCGAGAAGCGCCCCUCGAUGAUCGGCGAGCUGUGCAGCAGCGGCGGCGGCCAGCGGAUCCGGAACUCGUACGGCAACAUCCAUGGCUACCACAGCAAUCGCUGUCACUUCGGCAACAACCGGGCGGUCAGCCUGGAUCAGUACAGCAGUGCCGGGAACAACCGCCGCCUGUCGGACGGACUGCCGCAGGUGAUCUCGGACAGCAAUGUUUUCUACGGCCGGCACAACCGAAGCAGCAUGGAAAGCAGCGGCGCUGGCGGUGCAGUGGUUGCGGCUCCGCAGGACACCAAUGCCAAUACCAAUCAUCCGGGCGGAUGUCAGCUCAAGGAGCUGCUGGCCAGGACCGAGGCAGACUCAGAGGGCGAGGGCCAGGAGAAGAAGCCGCUGGCCGCCAUUCCGUCGGUGCCGUUGGUCACCUCAUCGAAUGGCAAUAUAUCGCCGCCCCUGGUGGUCACCGAGCAGAUCCUGCCCAGCAAUGGCAGUACACGGAGCAGUGCCAGUGGCUCUGGAGUGCCUGGCGGCUCGGCCGGCGGCGGCGGUGGUGGCGGCAGUGGCGCAGGACCCUCCACCGGUGGCGGCAGCUCCUGGAAAUCGAGACUGCGCCAGUUCUCCGAUUACUUUAGCUUCAGCUUCGAUAAGAGCAACAAGCGCUUUGGCAGCACACGGAGCAGCCCGUGUCCCGGCUCCAAUUCCAGUUCGGGCAGGGCCAACAAUAAUGCCAAUGGCCUGGGUGAAAAUCAGGAUGGGUCCGGAGGAGGAGGAGCAGCUACAAAGCCGGGCAUGUGCUGCACCAUCGGCCAGGGCAAGGGUGAGAUUGGAGGAACCGCAGGCGGCGGAGGCGGAGGAACCCUGACCACUGGUAAUGAUGCCCAUCAGCGGCAUCGCGCCUACAGCCUGGAUGUGCCCGGCAUGAUGCGAUACUCCUCCAACGACAGCAGUCGCCAUCCCAGCAGCAAUACGCUGCAGAGUGCGGGAGCAGGAGGAGGAGGAGGAGGAGGCACUGGCACCGCAGGAUUAGCUGGCGGAUUAGAGGUCACCGCCCAGCGAGUGCCGCCCAGCUUGAGUGUGGAGCUCGGCCUGGCCAGCGGAUCGUCGUCAGAGGCGGGCCCAAAGAUUUGACAACAGGGGAGCACCAGGGAGGAUGCAGCAGCAGCAGUAGUGGCCAAGGGCAGCUAUGGGGACGUCGAGGAGGAGGAGCCGGAGGAGGAGGAUGACGAUGUGGGCGACGAGGAGCAUCGUCAGCUGCACCACCAUCAGCAGCAGCAGCAACAGCCAGACGCCUCCUCCAGCUGCGAGGUGUCCUCCAUGUCGAUGACCGUGUGGUCGGCCAUUGGCCAGCGCUUGAACGCCCUCGUCUGUCAUUGCUGCGAGCGCAAAUUACCAGAACCGGAAAAUGUCUAAAUGGGUGGGGCUGGAUGGUAU